CUCCGGUUCCUGGUAGGCGCUAGAGACUCGACCCGAGGCCGGGAGGAACUUAUCCAGCGAGCUGUCGCCUCGGGCCUUAUUGUCUGCAGCAACUCUCCAGAAUCCGGAGGGGGAAGACUGCACCGCGCGCCCACUGGGAUUUGUCCAGAGUUCCGGUGGCAGCUGUGACGGCUGCAGAGACUCCCUUUGUCCUCCCAAGACCUCCCUCUCUGUUAUUCUCGGUGGCAGCUGUCGGGUGGCGCUGAGGCUGGGUCGGUCGUCCCAGCUCCUCUCAGCCUUUGACCCCAGGGUGAUUCCCUGGUGACUCCGUCUCUUCGUGUCUCUGUUCGCCAGAGCCAGGAGCCCAGACCACCGAGCUCCAAGCCCAACACACAGUGAAUCAGAGGGAGCUGGCGGGCCCGGCCGCAGGAUGGUAGCGGGUCUGUCCCGGGUGCGCAGCCCUGGGAGCUGGCUGAUCCCUGGCCUGUGGCUGUUGGCUGUGGGCGGUCCGGGGUCGUUGCUGCACGCCCAGGAGCAGCCCUCUUGCAAAAAAGCCUUUGAUCUGUACUUCGUCUUGGACAAGUCUGGGAGUGUGGCAAAUAACUGGAUUGAAAUUUAUAAUUUUGUCCACCAGCUUACAGAAAGAUUUGUGAGCCCUGAAAUGAGAUUGUCCUUCAUUGUGUUUUCUUCUCAAGCAACCAUUAUUUUGCCAUUAACUGGAGACAGAUAUAAAAUUGGUAAAGGACUGGAGGAUUUAAAAGCUGUUAAGCCAGUUGGAGAGACAUAUAUCCAUGAAGGACUAAAGCUUGCAAAUGAACAAAUUAAAAAUGCAGGAGGCUUGAAAACCUCCAGCAUUAUAAUUGCCUUGACAGAUGGGAAGCUGGAUGGCCUGGUACCAUCUUAUGCUGAGAAUGAGGCAAAGAAGUCCAGGACACUUGGCGCUAGUGUUUAUUGUGUCGGAGUCCUUGAUUUUGAACAAGCUCAACUGGAAAAAAUUGCUGAUUCUAAGGACCAAGUUUUCCCUGUCAAAGGUGGAUUUCAAGCUCUUAAAGGGAUCAUCAAUUCUAUAUUAGCCCAAUCAUGUACUGAAAUCCUGGAACUGAGUCCUUCAAGUGUCUGUGUUGGGGAGAAAUUUCAGGUUGUCUUGAGUGGAAGAGCGGUCACAUCCAACAGUCAUGAUGGCAGUGUUCUGUGCACAUUCACUGUGAACAACACAUAUUCAAAGAGUGAAAAGCCAGUACUCAUUCAACACAAUUCCAUACUUUGUCCUGCACCGGUUCUGAACAGAGCUGGAGAAACUAUUGAAGUUUCAAUCAGUUUCAAUGAUGGGAAGUCUGCUGUCUCAAGAUCUUUAACUGUCACAGCUACAGAAUGUUCUAAUGGGAUCGCGGCCAUCAUAGCUAUUUUGGUGUUGUUGCUGCUCUUGGGCAUCGCUUUGAUGUGGUGGUUUUGGCCCCUUUGCUGUAAAGUGGUUAUCAAGGAUCCUCCCCCACCACCUCCUGCACCAAAGGAGGAGGAGGAAGAAGAGCCUUUGCCCAACAAGAAAUGGCCAACUGUGGAUGCGUCCUACUAUGGUGGUCGAGGAGUAGGAGGAAUUAAAAGAAUGGAGGUCCGCUGGGGAGAUAAAGGAUCUACUGAGGAAGGUGCAAGGCUAGAGAAAGCAAAAAAUGCUGUGGUGAUGAUCCCCGAAGAAGAGACACCCAUCCCACCAAGACCUCCUCGACCCAAACCUACACACCAGUCCCCUCAGACAAAAUGGUACACGCCAAUUAAGGGUCGUCUGGAUGCACUCUGGGCCUUGAUCUUGAAGCAGUAUGACCGAGUGUCCUUGAUGAGACCCCAGGAAGGAGAUGAGGGCCGGUGUAUAAACUUCUCCCGAGUUCCCCAUCAAUAAAAUGAGAGCAUAAAGAACGAGAAGAGAUGAAGAGGGCACAUCUUCCUGAAGCCGAUUUCCAACAGAAUGGACAGUCCAGUGCAUUUCAGAAGUUCUUCUCUGUCAGAAAAUGUUUUCUCUGCCUUCUGCUUUCUGUGCACCAAACAUUUUCAUACACUUCCUCUGCCGUCUACAUGAGAGGCAAUGAAACUCAGCCAUAACUCAUGGAUCAUGACACUGAAGAUACAGAGGAAUGCUAAUUUGUAUGCUAUGGUUUACGCAGAGCUCAUUUGAAUGUGUAAAAGAACAAAGCAGACACAGUGACGUUGUGAAGAUGAGACCAAAACAAAGACUGAAAACCCACCAGCGGUUCUGUAAUGGCAAAUGGUGCUUUUGACAUGGAUGUAGGAUGAGUGGGCUUUUAUUUGGCAAGAUCUUUAACUACACGCAGAUCAUGAACUUUCCUUCCAGGCCAAAGAGAUAAGCCUUGUAGCUAUGUCAGAUAGCAAAGGCCUUCGAAGUCCCCUAUUACUUUGUGCCUUACGGGAGAUUUCUGACUAGAAAAUCUUGUCACUGUUACACUGAAAGUGCACACGCAUGACAAAAUGUAGACGAGAUGCCUCAAGGUACUGGAUGCAAGCAGGAUUUUGCCCUUUAGUUUUCCAAGACACCUUUCUUUCAUUAUGCACUCGGGACAAGAGAAUUAAUAGAGCGUUAAUUCAAUGGGAAGACCGCCUCCAACUAAAGACCUGGUGUGCAACUAAAGACCUGGUGUGCAGCGUAAGGACUCAUGAUUUGAGACCUUGUCCCCAGACUGGUAGAUUUCCAUUUUUCAGUGUUUAGGAUUUAGCAGUACAUAUAGCAUUAAUAUCUGUAAGCACACCAAGGUGUUUGUUUGGCUUUUAAUUUAAGGAAGCAGUAACCAUCAAGCUUCUGCUCAGGGUUUAUUUUUUUUUUUUUUUUUCCUUCCUUCAAGUCUCCAAGGGCUCUUCAGCGUCACAAGCCAGCAACUCUCUUUGCAUGAAAAUUUCAAAGUUUAAUUAAUAUAAUUAAAGGCAACAGCAAGCAGCAGCCUGUGAAGACUUUGCUCAUCUUUUUUAUGCCUUUUGACAUUGAAUGACCUAUCACUGUAUGCAUGCUACUUGGAUAUUGAGAAGCACUGCGCCUUGAUUGUGAUUCAGCCCUAGAAAAAGACUUCCUUUCUUCAGUUUAUAAAUUAAAAUCAGGAGGGGCGCCAUCGGGAAGCAUUGACAAUAUACUUACUAUAAAUUUUUAGAAAUAUCACCAUCGUGUCACAUCAACGAUGCCAAAUUAUGUUAGCGUGAGCAGAAACACGGUGGGGGAGGAAGGCGGCGGCAGCUGAAGGAAAUAGCUCAGAUGAUCUAGUCACUUUCGAUACUGUACUUCAGAUGCGAAAUGGAUAUUCGCCUGGAAACCUGACAAAGCGCGCCUGCUUUGAUGGGAACUGGUAUAGACAAUGACCAGUGGCCGGGUCAGUGGGAUGUCUCUCUGUGAGCACAAAGGCUUAUCAAAUGACACUAAAAAUAAGUUCAACAACCAUCACUUUGGAAGGGAGAAGGCGAACAUUUUAUGUUUGGCGGGCAUGUGAGUGCACAAGAUGGAAAGAGCGAUUUGGAGCAUCCUGGUAUAAUUACCCACAUUGUGCUCUCUCUGGAAAUUUCAAAGGGUUGCAGUGAUACUUUUGGUCGGUGUCCAGGUUUGUGGCACUGCUCCAAGAAGUUUUAUGCACACACACAAAUAUACAAGUGCACACACUUCUAGCUUGAAUGUUUUUUGCUCAAGCUUAUUUAUGUCACUGACUGGCUGGAUCCAAAGUCACACCUCCACAUAUUAAUGAAUAAAUUUUUUUUACCUGA